AUGGUGGCGCCGUCAGUUGUUGCUGCCGUCUCCUCCAGCCUUCCUCCGCCGUGUCCCGCCGUCAUCGAACAACCAAUGGAGAAAGCCCUUGUCUCCGAAUCAACACUGAGUCAACUCGGCUUCCCGAGCGAGUUCCCUUACGAGUUCGACUCCUCUGCUUUCACCUCUCCAGAUGACUCAACGGAGACGAAAGACGAAACAAGCGACGACGAAGAUGACUUCCUAGCCGGGCUGACUCGCCGACUCGCCCUCUCGACUCAGCGCCUCUCUUCUCCUCCUUCCUUGGUCACCGACAAGUCUGAGGUUAAACCUCCCGAGUCAACUCUGAGUGGAGUCGUGAGUCCCAACGGUCCGUUUUCGCAAGUGCCUUCGCCGCCGACAUCUCCGUCUCCUGAAGACGAGUCUCUGAAAGUCAUAUCGGCGGCGGCUGGAGAAGUCGCCAAGAUGAAGAAAAUGGCGGCUAAACCCAAUUCCAAUUCACCCCCAAAUCCUAAACCUAAUUCCUUCAUCCCAUUUCCUCCUCAUCAAAACGCGGCGUUUUUCAGCUACUACUAUUGGCUAUGGCCGUCGCAAACUCCUCCCUAUAAUCAUCAAUCUCCGAUUAUGACAUUGCCACCCGCUUUGAUCGCGCCUCCUUUUCCCGUCUUGGCCGCACCAACCGCCGCUAAACAGCCGUCUACUGGUACCGGCGUUUUCAUUCCCCGGAAAUUCCCAAACCCUUCCGAUGAUUCCCAGAAGAAAUCAGGAGAUGAAUGUGUUAAGAUUCCGAAGAAGGUUGUUCACCAACAAAAACCUAAAACUAAAGAAUCCUCUGUUCGGUGUCAACCACAUUUGCAAGCUCGGCUCUCUAAAGGUCACAGCAAAAUUGGUAAAGAGUGUGUGAAAACUAAACCAAGUCAAAGACCAGUCUCUGGUGGCUGUGUGAAGGAAGAAAGAAGUCUUCCACAAGAAUGGAUUUACUGA